CAGAUAUCUAAGUGUCGUUAACUGUUAUUACUGAUACAUCAUGUUUAAUACAGAUCAGAUAUCUAAGUGUCGUUAACUGUUAUUACUGAUACAUCAUGUUUAAUACAGAUCAGAUAUCUAAGUGUCGUUAACUGUUAUUACUGAUACACCGUGUUUAAUACAGAUCAGAUAUCUAAGUGUCAUUUACUGUUAUUACUGAUACAUCAUGUUUAAUACAGAUCAGAUAUCUAAGUGUCGUUAACUGUUGUUACUGAUACAUCAUGUUUAAUACAGAUCAGAUAUCUAAGUGUCGUUAACUGUUAUUACUGAUACAUCAUGUUUAAUACCGAUCAGAUAUCUAAGUGUCGUUAACUGUUAUUACUGAUACAUCAUGUUUAAUACAGAUCAGAUAUCUAAGUGUCGUUAACUGUUAUUACUGAUGCACCGUGUUUAAUACAGAUCAGAUAUCUAAGUGUCAUUUACUGUUAUUACUGAUACAUCAUGUUUAAUACAGAUCAGAUAUCUAAGUGUCGUUAACUGUUAUUACUGAUACAUCAUGUUUAAUACAUAUCAGAUAUCUAAGUGUCGUUAACUGUUAUUACUGAUACAUCAUGUUUAAUACAGAUCAGAUAUCUAAGUGUCGUUAACUGUUAUUACUGAUACACCGUGUUUAAUACAGAUCAAAUAUCUCGGUAUCGUUUACUGUUAUUAUUUACACACUAAGGUUCCUAGCGACUGGAUUUACCAUCCAAAUUGUUUACACAGUAGUCGAUAUGGACUUCAACCACACAGACUAUAUAUGGUUGUUUAUACACCAAUACAUUGCAUAACUAGUUUAAAAUCUGCUUUUGUAAUAUAUGUUCCUCGAUUUAUGAGGUAGGACAUGUUAUGUGAUAAUAUCAAUAUGCAAAUAUUAUCUAAAUGAUUAUGGAGAAGACCUUCCAUCUUUCUAGUUUAUAAUUUGACAAGAUUUCCAGUCCAUUGUAGAUCGAUAAAACACAAUUAGAACUGGAAUCUGCCUCGAAUUCCAGUAUCUUUCAUUUUGUAUUUAUAGCAUAUUCGUUGCAUCUGAUUAAUGUCUUCGAGCAGACAAAAUAAUGGAGUCCUGGUUAUAAGCGUAAAUAGUGGCGGAAGGACACGUGACAGAUAAUGCAUAAAGGUCCUUUGUGACUUGGGUAGUUCUAGAGAAGUUGUUAGGUGGACACGAGCCAAUUUGUAACAUCGUGAACACAGCAACCGCCAUUCAAAGAUCAAACGCGUUGAAAUCUCACACAAUGUUAUCUUCAUCCAUACCAAUUUGUACUACAGGUACGUGAACGUAUGACGCGUUCCUCACAAAGUCGGAAUGUUUCAGAAGAUGCCCUCCUAGUUAGGCCAGAUUUGUGUAUAGUGACCAAAAUGAACACCGUGGCUAUGUCCAUGGUCUCCCUAUGGGUUACCCUGAUGGUCAGUCCUGGCGUGGAGACAAUAACCUACCAUCUAGGAGAUACAACAUCCAAGUACCCAAGUUACUGUAUCUGUCAGGAGACAAACAGGAAAUCAAAUACAACUUCAAUAGUGUUUGAGCGUGACAGUUUGGACCGAACAGUGCCUCAGACAGCAUAUACUAUAUUAAGUAUAGCAUUUAGUAUCAACUCUAACCUGGGCUACUGUGUCACUGAAUAUUUACAACGUGGACAUUUCCCGUCCUUCAAACCCCUGGCUACCAAUAACACGACGAUUCUGACCCGACAGGACAUGUUCGGGGCUGUGGCGUUGUUACAUUUCCCCUCGUUAACUUACACUGAUGCCUGUAUAGCUUACUUGUUAGUUCCAUUCUAAUGUGGACUUCAGAGCAUUAGUGUGUGGCAGUUAUCUGAUUAUCAAGUGGAAUCAACUGAUUAGUCCUGUCGAUGGGAAAUUUGAUGACAAUGAUUGUGUUUUCGAAUGUGACAGCAAGCUGCAAUACAUUCUUGCCUAACUUACAAGCAAUAUAACUAUAUUUGCUUUGCCUACCACACUUGCAUCUGUGACUAUACAAUUCGCUAUAUCGUUAUAUAUGUAGUGUUCUGUUCUUAAGCUAUCGUAGUCAUAGUGCUAUAUGAUUAUAUACCUCGGUUGUACUAUCUACAUUUGUUAUUUACAUAUCACUGCUUAUUGGCCAAAUAAAUGUUGACCAUA